GAGACAUUGAAUCCUGUGUACAGAUGUUUAGCCCUAGCGAGAGCACACAUCCCACAAAGUAUACAGCCAGCAGAGUGUCCGCAGCAGAUUCACUCCAAGGGGACCAGAGACUGCGACGCUGACCAUGAAGAUGCAUUUAUUUCUCCUGGCUGCUGUCCUGGCGUCAGUGACCGCUGACCCAGCGCAGGCCGAUGUCCCAACACAGGAGAAUUUUGAUGUCACAAGGUUCUUUGGAAAGUGGUACGAUGUCGCCAUCGGUUCCACGUGUAAAUGGCUCAUGGCCUACAAGGACAAAUACGACAUGGGGACUAUGGAGCUCUACGAGGGUCAGACGGACAAUGAGCUCCAAGUCAUCAGCACAAGGAUGAGACGUGGAAGAUGCUCACAAUAUAAUAGCUCAUAUGAAAAAACAGAUGUUCCUGGGAAAUUCAAUUACUUCAUAGAAAAAUACGGUGCAGAAUUCAAGACUUAUGUUGUUUUCACCAAUUACUACGAGUACGCAACGUUGCUGAUGAGGAAAACGAAGAGAGGCGAAACCACCACCACAGUUAAAUUGUACGGACGCACCCCAGAGCUAAGGCAAAGUCUUAUCGAUGACUUCAAGCAGUUCGCUAUGGAGCAGGGUGUUCUGGAGGAAGCCAUCUUUACUCUGCGCAACAAAGGUGAAUGCUCGCCAGGGGACAUUGAGGUGACACACAGGAGAUCCCAGAGAGCAGCCGCUAAUGAGGAAGAGGAGGGGUCUGGAGGAUUGGAUAAUACCGCAUUCACCAAAAACAGGGCAGCCUCUUGUCAUGUGGACCCAGCUCCUGGCCCGUGCUUGGGAUCAAAAGUGCGCUAUUUCUACAACUCUUCUUCCAUGGCCUGCGAGACUUUCCGAUAUGGUGGCUGCCUUGGAAACUACAAUAACUUUGAGACGGAACGAUAUUGUCUUCAGACGUGCAGAACAGAGGCGGCCUGUCGUUUACCCAUCGUGACCGGUCCAUGCAAAGUAUCCCAGAACCGCUGGGCCUUCGACUCUACUGUAGGGAAAUGUAUCGCCUUCCAAUAUGGCGGCUGCAAAGGAAAUGGGAAUCACUUCUACACGGAGAAGGAAUGCAAGGAGUACUGUGGGAUACCGGCAAAUGACAACGAAGAAUUUAUUUAAGGUAGAAUUGACGGCUGGAGGACUUCCCGAACUGUCCAGUCCUCCCCCCUCCCAAACUCAAAUACUGUAAGAGGUCAAAAUGCAUAGAGAAAUGAGAGUAAUCAAAUGUAAAAUGUCCAAAUGAACGGUUUAUUAUUUCAUCAUUGAUUGUAUUAGAUGCGAUUGGUUGUGGGGUCUUUAAAUCACGCUCAACAAGCAACACAUUGGCGUUCUGUAGUCCCAAAGAAUGACUACACAUAUGGGGGCAAUUCCUGGGGACUACGCCAAUUUCACAUACUGAACGUGGAUUGCUAGUGCAGGAAUGUGGAAAACUGGCCCUUGCAAAACGUUUUUACAAAUAAACUACUAUUGUGUCUCUAG